CGCGAGGUGAGGUGGCCCAGCCAGCGCGGCGAGGCCGGCGGGGGACUACCGACGGACUGCCCCGCCGGGCCCAACGGCUGGGCGCCGGGCCCCGGUGUCCAGGCAACAGGAUUGGGAACCCAUGCCACGCUCACCUACCUGCUCGACUGAGGAAUUACCAUGCCAGGUAAAGGGAAACGAGGAAAAGGCCGAGGCAAGUCUCGCGGGAAGAAACAGAAGAAACCGGAAGUGGACAUUCUCAGCCCCGCUGCCAUGCUGAACCUCUACUACAUCGCCCACAACGUGGCCGACUGCCUGCAGCUGCGAGGCUUCCGCUGGCCAGGUGCUCCCAAAUCAAAGAAAGGGAAAAACAAGACUUAAUAGCAUUUCACAGCAGAACUUGGGGAAGAGAAAUCAGGAUAACACAACUACUGCAAGCAAAAUAGACUUCACUGAAGACAAUUUGAGAUGCAAGCUAAGUGUGCUUUUCUCUGGUAGUUAAUGAUAAAGAAAUGCAUUUUACUUCCUAGCUAAAUUCAGCUAUAGUUAGCCAAUUUGCUUUUUCAGAAGAGGUCAAGGCGGGGGGUUGGGGGGGAGUCCGAGUAAUUCCUACUAAGCAUGGUGGAAUUGAUAGGACUUUAAAAAUUAUUAUAAUUCUGGGUCAGAAUAAACUUUGUUCUCAAAAGG